AGCCGGGAAUUUAACGCCGACCUCCUCUUAUAGCUGCGUUGCUCUUCUUUCUUUUUGUCUCUCUCCAUCUUGUCGUGGAUGGCGAGCGUCCACGCGCAUCUUGCCCGUUAAAGAGUCGUCAUGGAGGUCCUGCAGUCUUUGGGCCACCCGGAGGAGAUCUACAACCUGCUGAAGUUCAAAAUGGGAGGCUGCCGAGCCGUCAUGCCCAAAUUGGAUUACGAGUCCAUGAGCCACAGCCUGCGGACGUGCUACGUGUACCUGAACCAGACCAGCAGGAGCUUCGCGGCCGUCAUUCAGGCCCUGGACGGCGAGCUUAGACACGCCGUGUGCAUUUUCUACUUGGUGCUGCGCGCGCUGGACACGGUGGAGGACGACAUGAGCAUCCCGCUGGACAGGAAGGUCCCCAUGCUGCACCAGUUCCACACGUACCUGUACCAGGACGCCUGGAGUUUCGGCGAGAGCCGCGAGAAGGACCGGCAGGUUCUGGAGGACUUCCCCACGAUAUCUUUGGAAUUCCGAAAUCUGGCUCAAGAGUACCGGGAGGUCAUCACGGACAUCUGCCGCCGGAUGGGAGUCGGAAUGGCCGAAUUCCUGGAGAAGAAAGUCGGAUCCAUGAAGGAGUGGGACAAGUAUUGCCACUACGUGGCGGGGCUGGUCGGCGUGGGCCUGUCCCGCCUGUUCUCGGCGUCGCGGCUGGAGGACCCCGAGGUGGGCUGGGACGCGGACUUGGCCAACUCCAUGGGCCUGUUCCUCCAGAAGACCAACAUCAUCCGAGACUAUCUGGAGGACACGAAGGAGGGACGUGCCUUCUGGCCGCAAGAGGCGUGGAGUCAGUUCGCGGGCCGUCUGGAGGACUUGGCGCAGCCCGAGAAGCUGGAAUCGGCGCUGUCGUGCCUCAACCUCCUGGUCACGGACACGUUGCGCCACGUGCCGGACGUCAUCGCCUACCUGGCCCGCCUCCGCAACCAGAGCGUCUUCAAUUUCUGCGCCAUCCCACAGGUGAUGGCGAUCGCCACGCUGUGCUCGUGCUACAACAACCCGCUGGUGUUCCAGGGCGUGGUGAAGAUCCGCAAGGGCCAGGCCGUCACGCUCAUGAUGGAGGCCACCAACUUGCCGGCCGUGCAGAACAUCAUCGGCCGCUACGGCCAAGAGAUUGCGCGCAAGGUCUCGCCGGGCGACCCCUCGCGGGCCGAGACCCUGCGCGUCCUGGCGCUGAUCCGGGAGAAGUCUCGGCCGUCCGGCCCGCCGGUCAGGAGCCACCACCUGUCGCCCGUCUACCUGUCGGCCGCCAUGCUGCUGGCCGCCGUCAGCUGGCAGUACCUCAGCGCCACGGCGGCGCAGGGUGCCGCCGACGUGCAGGGACGCUAAACCAAAGGACUCGGCUUCGCUUCUCCGCUGGAUGGACACGCAGCGAAUAAGCGCGAGCAGCGGGAGGCGUGGAAGGCCGUUGGAGCGUCGACACUAUUUUGAUAUCCAGUUGAGCGCCGCAACGGAACCGGCGUGCAUCCAAACUUGCCGCCCGGUCUGUACACUGAAUGCGACGCCUCAAAACGUUUUUUUUUUUUUUUUCUUCUUCUGUAUUCGCACGAGGGUGUGCGGGUGCGAGCAGCCGCCUGUAAUUUGCAUUCAUCUGCAGCGCUGAGGCUUUUGCACUGGUUUGUUCUUUGACCUCCACCAGUAAAACAACUAACGUGUGCCUGACA